AUGGGGAUUUGUAUGCAAAAUGUCACUAAAUGCGCCAUUUCGUUCUUAUUUUUUGGUGGUGUGCUGAACAUCAAUGAUACGGUACCUCUCCGGGAUGGUUCCUCAAUUCCUGUCAAAGAGGCAUUACUGGACAAGCAUCCGGAGGCUCGGCUAGCACCUUCUGAAGCCAUGCUGCCUGGGGAUGCCCCCGGUGUUGAAUGCAUACGUUUCGAUGGCCUCACUGCUGAGUUUCUGAAAUCCGUGGCGAUGCACUCGGAGGGAUCUGCAGGUCCGUCUGGGAUGGACUCAGCAUGUUGGCGGCGGAUGUGCUCCUCUUUUAAGGGGGCAUCAACCAGUCUGUGCCAGGCUAUUGCUGACCUCUCUCGUCUUCUUGCUACCCGUGUUCUUCCCGCUGAAGGCCUGGUGCCGUUUCUGUCUUGCCGGCUGAUUGCCCUUGACAAGCAGCCUGGCGUACGUCCUAUUGGCGUGGGCGAGGUGAUUAGGCGCAUAGUAUCGAAGGCUAUUCUGCGCAUUGCUUCCACUGACGUGGAGGCAGCCUGCGGACAUCUUCAGAAAUGCGCUGGAUCACCAGGUGGCAUUGAAGCAGCAGUGCAUGCCAUGCAAGACAUUUACAACGAAUCGUCCACUGAGGGAGUGCUGUUGGUGGAUGCCAGUAACGCAUUCAACAGCAUAAACCGACAGGCAGCUCUGCAUAACAUUCAGCGCCUCUGUCCAGCACUAUCCACCAUUCUUCUAAACUCCUAUCAGUCGGAGGCACGUCUGUUUGUCGCUGGUGGUGGGGAGAUUUCGUCAAAGGAGGGUACUACCCAGGGAGACCCGCUGUCCAUGGCAUUUUAUGCAUUGGCCACACUCCCCAUCAUUCGGCAUUUGCAGCAGCAACACGACGCCGUUAAGCAGAUUUGGUAUGCGGAUGACUCCAGUGGUGCUGGCAGGAUGAGAGCGAUUCGAGACUGGUGGACAACAAUCCAGGAACACGGUCGCCUGUAUGGAUAUUUCACCAAUCCGGACAAAACCCUACUUCUCGUGAAGCCCGGAUUGGAGGAGGAGGCUUCACAUCUGUUUGAAGGCACCGGUGUCCGCAUUGUCACCGGCAGCACUAAAUAUCUGGGCUCAUACAUCGGGGAGCCUGAUGAUGUUGCCAGCCAAGUGAGGGAGAGGGUUGAUGAUUGGUGCAAGGAGCUACGCACAUUAGCAAAGUUUGCCAGCACAGAGCCUCACGCGGCUUAUGCAGCUUUGACUCAUGGCCUGCGGGGUCGUUGGGUCUACCUCUUUCGUACGGUUCCCAUUCCGGAGGACGCAGUACACUCGGACGUCUCUUAUCCGGGCACCUUGGGACCGGGCACUGCCCGUAUCUCAGAUUUGCCCGUAUCUCAGGAUAACUCAUCUACCAUGACAUAA